UUAAAAAUAAGAAAUUCACCAAGUUGCCUAACUGUGUAGAAUGCGAUAAGAAAAUUUUUGCCAGCCCCAAUAAAGCAUUCACAGUCCUACUUUGUGGUCACACUUAUCAUAGAAUCUGCAUUGAGAAAAAGCUUCUACUUACCAAGCAACAAACGUGUCCAUUCCCUGACUACGGUAAAAGCGUUGAAAUUCUUGAGGAGUUUACCGAGCCCGAUUCUCAAUCCAGCAAUUCGUCAAUAGUUGAGAAGAUGGGAAAGCAACUUACUAUCCAAUCUCAGGAAAUUAUUGAUGAGGAGAUGCCGGAUGUAGAUAAUGGGAAGAAUAAAGAUAAUUCGAAGGGAAUAAUUGACGAUAUAGCGGAGGGAGCCCAAAAAAGACCUAUUGAAGUUACUAGUGAAGAGACAUCCACGAUGCUAGAUAAAUCGCCUAGUAAGAAACCAAAGAAGGAGAUUGACGAAGUUGCUGAAGCAAAUGCACCAGGAGGGGGUAGUACUAAUUUUCUAUACUUUUUUAGAAAAAUCGAUUAUGCUGAAUCUAAAAAUGAGGUUACGAACCGAGAUGUUAUAAGUAGUUAUUUUGAUCUUGGAUGUGUCCUAUAUAAACGAUAUAAAGAGUAUAAAAAGGAUAACGGUAAAGAAGCAUCCAAUGCACUGGUUUUCGAUGAUGUUAGAAACUAA